AUGGCCAGUGAUGCCGGGACAGAUUACACCCGUCAAGAUGCAGGACCUGAUACUGAGAGCAGGGAUAAUCUACUUAUUGCACGCGUGGAUUGUGCUCACCCAGAACCCCUGCAUCACCACCCACCCCCACCCCCUCCCCUCCCCGCUGGUAUCAAGGAUCUCUCAGCUAAGAUUGUUGUUGCCGGGCUACCCCGAGCUUUCCGCAAGCAAAAGCAAGAUGUUCACAUUCGCAUCACCCACCGUUUGAAAGCCACUCUACUCUACAAGUAUCUUAAAUGGCCAGGAAACACGCGCAGAGGAAGAGGAAGAGUAGGAGAUUGCAUAGGGCGGCGAAUAUCAGCUCCACCAGAGUUGGAGGGUCGAGUGGGCUGGACGGUGACAAGGAAGGACCUUCUGCAGUCACGGUCGACUGCAACGGUGUUGGUACCAGCCAUGCGGUAAUUGGAGGAUCACCCAGGACAAACAUCCGCUAUGUACACGUUGGCGAUGAUGUGGAGUCGCAAGUGUUGGAAACAGAG